UUCACCUAAAGAGUUUAGGCUGUCUGCUAUAAAUUGCCAUGCCUUUAGUAUGCUUGGGAUGCACAUCAGAAAUUUGGUAACUGAAGACUUAAAUCCACGUAAUUAGAUGUCAAACUGUUCUCAGUCUGUAAGGGUUCUUGGACAUUUGUUUUACUUAAUGGUUUAGCUGGUCUUUUAUGAUAAAAAGUAUUGAGGAGGAUUUCUUAGUGCAUAAAACAAGCUAAAAUGUCCUAAUGUUUGCACUAUUAGAGUGAAGCUGUUUAUGUUUCUCCUUUCUUUCCUUACUGUCUCUCAAAUAUAUCAGUUACAUAUCUCUUCCUCUGUGCUUCUAGCACCUUUUUGCUGCAUUUUACCACCUUGAUUAGUCAUCUGCCUUUUAGACCUGAAUAGGUAAAGCAGUGAAACAUUGCGAAGAGCACUUUAUUUAACCAUGCUGUUUACAUAACUCUUUUUUUUUUGCCUUGCAGAAAAAAAAUUAGAAGUCACCCAUUGCAAAGAAAUGACCAUUGGGUUGUUUUUUGCUUUUGUCAAAGUAAUGAAACAAUGCAAAGUAGCUUGUUUUCUCAACCAUUGUCUUCUUUCUUGAAGUAAACUCUAGGAAGUGACAAAAAAGAAAAAAGCUGUACGUAGGAUAUAAAAUGUUGAUAGGAAGGAAGACUAAGAUACACUUCUGUCGUUUCCCCAGAUUUAUUUUGAAGUUGUAAGAGAAAUCUUGUUUUCUGAUUUAGUAACUAAUAAAGAGUUCUGAUGGGGUAGCUAUUGAACAGUGGAAAGACCCAUGGGAUUUUUGCCCUUUAAUCCAAAGCUGUAACAGCAAAUAUAGGUAAGCCAACAGCUGUUUGCUGUUGAUACAUCAGUGUACUUAAGUGUGUAUUACCUUCAUUUUAUAUAAUGUGGGUGACAUUUGAACUGCUGUUUCUUGAAAUGCUGAUGGAAAUAGGUAAUAAGGUAGUGUGAACUAUUAAGUAUAGAGAGAGCAGUUAUUCUGGAAUGUUCAAAACGAGCUGGAGCUAAUUAUUUAAUCUUGAAUAAUUACAAGGUAGCAUGAAUAUGCUUAGAAUAAAAGUUUUGCUUCUUUCUCCUAUGAAAGAAAUUCCUUUGAAAGGAAGGAGCUUGAGAAGUGCCAAAACCACUGUCUUGUUCACCUGCAUGGUAGAAAGGAGGCAUCCCCAGAAAUGAGGCAUGAGUGGUGAGGAGCCUCGAGAUUCCCCACUGAAUUUUUGAUAUUCAGAUGAAGUUCUUGUAAAGGGGCUGUUAAGGCAGCUUAACUCUAUGUGUUUUCAUAUCACUAGAACCUAUAAGCUAUUCGGAAAAGCUUGGUUAAGAAAGAUGACCAGAUUGCACUGUAAUGAAGAUUGAGGGUUUUAUUUCAGUUUGGGAGAUUAAUUAAAUACUUGUGUAUCAAAGAAGGAUUUGAAAUUACUAGCAUAGGAAGGAUAUCUUGUCUACUGUUAAAAGCACGUGAAAAUGGUUAAAAGUGGAUGCUAGUACAAGCAAGAAUUCUGUCAUUAAGCGGGCUACCCCUACAGUACAGUGUAUUGUACAGCACAAAUACUGGAAGAAUUCUGCCAAAGAAAAGGAUUUGAAGAUUGGUGAUAAUAUGAGUAAGAGGGGAAAAAAAUCUCUUAUGAAGCCAUUGGUAAGACCAAGACUUUCCUAAGAGAGAAAAGACAAAUAUUGACCCUUUAUAAAAUUGAGUGCUGUAAAGCAAGUAGGAUACCUUGUUCUGUCUUGCAUUGUAAGAAUACAUGGACAAGUUAAUGAAGCUGAACGGAUUUAAAUUUAAGAUGAAUCACUGCACUUCAUGUUCAGAAUUUGACCCAAUUUAGAAAUGCGAGUGAAACUUAGGGAGGCAGACUGUCUUUGUGUUUGCCUCUCUUAACUGUUUUUGCUUUCUGCAGAUCCAUCUGGUUUUGGUCAGUGUCAGACUGAGGACAUUAAAAAGGAUCGUCUUCUGCUCUCAUCCAGCUUGAGUUAAUGCCAGCAUAUAAGCUAUUGAAAGGAUAGAAAAUAGUUUCUAUGCACGAAAAUGUGAAUUAGAAUGCAGUAAGCCUUUUUAUUUCUUAUUUGUUUUUUCCCACAAAGGAAUGAUCUCUUCUGCAAAAAAUAUCAAGAGCUGUAGAAAGCACAAACACAAAGAGUAGUGGGAGAUGUUAUCGAUGAAUGUGUUGAUUUCUUAGUAGCCAUCUUUCAGUGCUGAAGGCUCACUGCAUGAGGGAAUGAGGAACUGGAAUCUUGUCUGAUCCUAUUAUUUGCUGACAAGAUAUUCUAAAACAACUUUACUGGUUAAAUGAGCUUUGAUAUUUACUUGCUCAAGUGUAAUUAUAUCAGAUAUUACUGCUAAAAUCAAAGUUACCGUCAAAAAGCUGCUAAACUGCUAUCUUUUAGUCAGUUAUGUUUCUUGGUGUAUGAGAAUCUAAGUCUUUUUUCCCUCUGGUAUUUAUACGGUAUCUCUUAGCCUGAGUCUGAGCACUGAAGUCCAGAGUCCUUCAGAGGACAUUCCGUAUUUGUAAAGCUUAUAGAUGAAAGGGAAAUAAGUAGUUCCAAAAUUUUUACUGUCACUUCAUUUUGGAGGCAUUUGGUUGUACAAAGGAAAUACAUUUUUCUUUACUUUUGCUCUUAGAUAAUAACUGUUCAGACUUUAAAAGGACUUUUCUUAAUCCAAAUCAGAGGGAUGAAGGAAUUGAAGACGACCUAAAAAUCUAAUAAAAACAUUCUCCUGAUAGCCUGAAGAUGCACAUGUCUGCAUACAUAUCCAUAUGAACAGAUAUGCACACAUAUAUACACACUGCAAAAAUCUGGCCAGAUUACAGGAAGAGAGGGAGCCUUGCUAUCUCCCUUCACCAUUUAAAGUUAACAGUAUGUGAAAUGUGUCACAAAUACAGUCUUUUCUGCUCUUCAACAAGUAAGAUGUGACCAUGCAUUAUGCUUACCCAUUUCUCUUUGCCACCUGCACCCAUACUUUGUAUUUUGAUAACCUUUCCCUAAUUAAAAAAAAAAAAAAAAAAUUACAUGCCAUUUGAACAGUCAGUACAUGUUUGCCAUGUUUCCUUGGAGAGGUACAUAAAUUUUGGAUCAAGUAUUGUUUUAGUCCUGUAUUCACUCACUUGAUGAAUGUCCUUCUGCAGCAUAAUGUGGAUUAUGGAUGGCUGGGUAGUAAGGGGAAAUCUUCUCAGUGGAACGAGGUAUGAUGUAGUACUAUUGAUCUCAACAAUCAGAAAGUUUCAUUUUUUUUCUGUUAGGACAGUGGAUUUCAACCUGUGGUCCUCAAGACUGCUGUGAGUCUGUGACCUGUUCAUAAAGACUCAACAGCAGGUAAGUGAGAAAAGUAAAUCUCUUGCUAGGAUUCAGUUUCGUAAGAGCUUGUACCUCCAUUGAAAAUUUUAGGGGAUGACCACAUGAAAAAAAAAAAGUUUGAAAGCACUACUGCAUACAAAGAAGGCCAGUCACACCUGCCAAACAAAUGUUUCUGCUGCUGAAGUAGCUAUGGAUUUAUGCAAACUUUCUUCUCUGCUCUUCUAUAAGGUCAGGUUUUUUUUUCUUCCAACCUGUUCAUUGUCAUGCAAUAGAAAUCUACCUCCCUCUCAUUUAUUCUUAAUCAGAGUACAAAGUGCAGUGUUCUGUUAAUCAGAACACAAGUGUCAUUCCCUUUAUGUAAUCUUGCUGCCAGAGGGCUUGCUUUAGAUGUUCAACACGAUGGAACUAUGCAGGAGAAAUGAGGAUUGUAGAAAGCUGUGAGUUUGCUUGUUUUGGAGUAAUUCUGUUUAGUCUUCCACAAGAGCCUACGCCCGUACUCAUAGAGCAGGGGAUGGCUGUCUUGAGGUGCCUUUGUGGCCAUCCAAGAUAUACCUCUAGGCAGUACGGUGCAUUUCCUGAUGGAGGAGGCAAAGGAGGCUGCCAUAUUGCUGAUCUUCCCUAGUACCUCCCAAGGGGAGGGCAGGCACUUGAGGGGCAGUUCUAGACUCGAGGGUGGCUCCUCCAUUCCGAGCUCCAGCCCCUCACAAACAGAGCGUGGGGCAACGCUGUGCAGUAACCAUGGAGACACUGCUGGUGCUGGUAGUGCUGCUGGGCCUGGUGGGGUGCUCCGCCGCCCCUGAUGAUGAGCCUGGGCCGCUUCAUGUCACCGGCAUGUGGGUGACAGUGCCACGACAGCUGAGCCCCCGGGCUGACACCAAUCCCCUGACUGUCUCCUACUGGCUGGAGGUAGAGGGGAGGCCACAGGUCCUGCGCCUGCGGCCCAGGAAGGGCCUGGCCUCCCAGCCUUUCACUUUGGUCACCUACAGUGAGGACGGGGCACGCCGGGAGGAGCAUGUCUACGUUCAGGACAACUGCUUCUAUCAAGGUGAGGUGCAGGGAAGUCCCGGCUCUCUGGUAGCCCUCGGCACCUGUGGCAGGGGUCUCCGGGGAGUGCUUUGGAUGGAAGGCAGCACCUACGAGAUCGAGCCCAUCCCUGAUGAUCCAGCCUUCCAGCACAUGCUCUACCGCAUGGAGGCAGACAGCGACCCUAUGGGCCCCACAUGCGGCCUGACCCCCGCGGAGCUGCAGUACCAAAAGACUGUGCUGCCCUGGCUUCAGGCUCCACGAACAGAGGAGAAGUACGUGCUGAAGGACUGGUGGACGCACACCAGGUAUGUGAAGUUAGUAGUGGUUGUGGACAACGUGAGGUUUGUGAGGUCGGACAGGAAUGAAUCCAAAGUCUUGAGGCAAGUCCUAGAAGUUGUCAAUAUUGGGGACUCUCUGUAUGACCAGCUUUCUGUUCAACUGUUCCUUGUGGGACUGGAGAUCUGGACCAAAAACAAUCUUAUAAACAUUACUAACUCUGUAAACAAGGCACUUGCAGACUUUAACAAAUGGCGAAAAACAGACCUUUAUCCACGGAUGCACCAUGAUGCUGCUCACUUAUUUGCAUUUCAGGGCUUUGGAAAAAGCCUGGGAUUGGCAUAUCUGGGGUCCAUAUGUGACAAGCAGUGGUCAGCAGCAGUUGAUUCCUUCACCAACAGGAGGCUGUCUUCAUUUAUUGUCACAUUUGUCCAUGAGCUGGGCCAUAAUCUUGGGAUGCGCCACGAUGAACGGCACUGUAAAUGCAGGCGGAAGAGGUGCAUUAUGUACGAAACUGAAUCUGACACCGAUGCAUUCAGUGACUGCAGUUACAAAGACUACUUUGACCUGCUUGGGACUGGUGGUAGCUGCCUGCGUCAAUCACCAGCACUUGGCAGCUACUACACUUUGAAGCGUGAAUACUGUGGGAAUAAGAUAGUAGAAAGCGGAGAGCAGUGCGACUGUGGUUCAAAAUCAGACUGCAGAAACGAUCCUUGUUGUCACCCUAACUGCACGUUGACUGCAGGUUCAGUUUGUGCUUCUGGAAAAUGCUGCAAGGGCUGUCAGAUCCUUCCAGCAGGAACACUCUGCAGAGCACGUACCGGUAACUGCGACCUGCCGGAGUACUGCAAUGGGACCUCCCCUUGGUGCAAGCCAGACGUGUACGUACAAGAUGGAGCCCCUUGCGAAGAUGGUGCCUACUGCUAUAAAGGAAAAUGUUCUUCCCACGGUAAACAAUGCAAGCAUCUUUUUGGCAAACAAGCCAGGCCUGCUCCUUUAGACUGCUUCAAAGAAGUGAAUAGUCGAGGUGACCGUUUUGGAAAUUGUGGUAUUCGUAACGGUGUUCAUUUUAUUAAGUGCAGUGUUGAGAAUGCCUUAUGUGGUAGGCUACAGUGUGAAAACAUACACAAGUUGCCCCCUUUGCAGAACCACAUAACAGUCAUCCAAACCCCUGUUGGAGGUAAAAAGUGUUGGGGUCUUGACUAUCACAUAGGGAUGCCUGUAGCUGACUCUGGGGCUGUGGAAGAUGGCACGACAUGUGGCAGCAACAAGAUUUGUAUUGAAAGGACAUGUACCAACAUUUCAGUGCUGAAUUAUGAUUGUAACAUAACAAAGUGCCACAACAGAGGAGUGUGUAACAAUCUUAGGAACUGCCACUGUGAGUAUGGUUGGGCUCCUCCGUAUUGCGAGCGGGAAGGAUUUGGAGGUAGCAUUGACAGCGGGCCCCCUCCAGCCAAGCAGAUUUUUCAGAGAUCAAGAAUAGGACUAGUUGGCCUUGUUUUUCCUGUUGUUCUCGGAGUUAUUCUUGCCCUAUAUUAUAAAAAGGAAAUAGGGGAAUGGAUUAUGAGGGAAAGGCCUGAUUCCACAGGAGGAGUUAGUGGUUGUUUCAAAUACUGCAAAUGCCAGUAGUUGCUAUAUAACACCUACUGCUGAGACAAAAUCUACUACCGUGCACUUCGCAAAGACCAACAAAGCUGUGGCUUUGGAGGCUCCUAAGAAAAUCUCUGGUAGCCCUUCAGCUGAUACCUUAUCGAAAUAAUUCAACACGUUCUGAGUUGUUACAAUCCAAUGCAACGUUAUUAAACAGAUUAAAUGUUAUCUCUGUUUAUUUUAAGUUAAUAAAUGCAGGUAAUAAGG